CGGAAGAGCGCUAGGCAAUUAAUCCGGAGGAAAACCCGCCGAACGGUACAUUGCAUACAUAGCGGCCGGGGGCUGGUUGGCGCAACCGCUCGGUGAUGGCGUCGGCGCAUGCCGCGCUCCCUGCCCUCCCGCGAGCCGACAGCUUCGCCAGCCUCGCCCACGGCACGGGCCUCCAACCCCGACGACCGCUCUCGACGAUCCCGACCCCUCCGUUGCUGGCCACCGAGACGCUGCAGAGCGCACGCCCCACCCGCUCCCCGCAGCCGGCCCCCGGAAGGACCUCCGAACUGGACCGCACCUCGGACCUGAGCGCCAAGGGCAAGACAAUGUCGACCGGCACCCGCGCCUCGUCGCACCACAGUUCGCUGUCCGCCGGCGAACACCCGCGCUCCGAUGCUGCCGUGCGCCGACCUCGCAGGCUGCGCUCGCAGUACCCGCGGGGCAGCGCCGAGAUGCAUGUCGAGUACAUCCUGGUGGCGUCCUUCGAUAUCGACCGGGGCCCCGUCAUGGAACACCAAUACCCCGUUGCCAUCACCGGCGACGAGCACAUGCUUGCCGAGCUCAUGUUGCCCGACCAGGCCCACGUCAGGAAUCAGGACUGGACCAUCUUCUUCCUGCACAAGGACACCACUCAAGAGGAGGAGGAUGCCGAGCGUCGCGCAAGGGAAGAACGGCGGGCCCGGCGGAACAGGAAGCGCGAUCGGGCCAAGGGCAUAAUACACGAGUCGGACGACGAAGACGAGGAAGGCGGUGGUCUAGGCGAUGACGAUGACGACUGGGACGACGACGUCUCGACCGACACGGAGCCCGAGAUCGGCGAGGGCCCGCCGCUGGUCUACGUCCUCAACCUCGUAAACACAAAACAAGACAAAACGGUCAAGAGAGGCGCCGUGGUCAAGGCCAUGGCCAUCUGCACUCGGCAUCCAUUCUUGCAUAUAUAUAAGCCCAUAUUAUUACUGGCCUUGGAGGAGUACUUCAAAGCCCCGGUGCCGGAGACACUAGCGAUGCUCUACAAUGCCGUGAACGAGAUGGACCUGUCCCUCAUGCCGAAACUCAGCUUUUUAGAGCGGCAUCUGCUGCAGUCGAGCGACAACAAGGAUCUCUUUGUCGAAAAGUUCGAGCAGAUGAUCCAGGCGCGGAUCGCCGAGGAAGCCGGAGCGGACGUCAACCGGCCGUUCGACGCCAGCAACGAGCCGCCCAAGCGACCCACCAUCUUCCGAUCGGGAUCCAAAGCGCAUGUGGAAGGGCACGCGGCAUACGUGGUGCCCCGGGACACGCACGAGUUCGAAAGCAAGGUCAUGUACAAGGGCAUCCCCAUUCCGGUCAAGGUUCCCGUGGCCGUCAUGCCCGAGAUCGUCGGCGACUUCUCCUUGAUCAAGCUCAUCCAGAACUUCUCCGACCCGCACAGCAAGACGCCCCAGACGUUCCCUCUGCACCCGCAUCUCACAACAAACGGACCUAAUACGCACCCCAUCAUCGUCCUCGUCAACGCGCUCCUGACGCAGAAGCGCAUCGUCUUCUUGGGGCACAACAUGCCAUCGGGGGAGGUCGCCGAGGCCGUGCUCGCCGCCUGCGCGCUCGCAUCGGGCGGCAUCCUCCGGAGCUUCACCCGGUACGCCUUUCCGUACACAGAUCUGACCAAGAUCGACGACCUCCUGAAGGUGCCCGGGUUCAUCGCGGGCGUCACCAACCCGACGUUCGAGCACCAUCCGGAAUGGUGGGAUCUGCUUUGCGACCUGCCGACCGGGAAGAUCAAGAUCAGCAGCAAGAUCGAGCCCGCCCCGAUCACGGAGGGGCUCGUGUACUUCCAGCAGCAGAACCCGGCGUACGCGAACCUGGUGCACAACUCGUCGAGCAGCAGCGGCUCGUCGUCGUCCAACGACCUGACGGGCGACGUCGCGUUCAUGGCGGACAUCAUGCGCAGCAUCGCCACGCGGGCGGGCGAGCGCGUCAUCCGGGCCAAGUGGCGGGCCUGGGUGCUCAAGUUCACGCGCAUUGCCGCCGCGUUCGAGGAGAGCGUGUACGGCGCCAGCGCUCUCUACAUCGGCAGCGACGAGCCCGAGGCCGACAUCGCGGCCGCCCACGGGCACGGCUACGUCUGGGUGGACGAGGCGACCAAGGCACGCGAGCUAGCUGGCAAUGUGACGCGGAUCGAGGGGUGGCGGAACACGAGAAGCUACUACAGCUUCAUCCAGGACGUCGCCCGGCUCUACACAAUCCGGCCGCUCAAGGGCCUGGACCUGGCGCACCUGCACGACCGGCUGCGGGCGCAGCGGCUCACGCCGGCGCAGAGCCGCGAGAUCUACGACACGCUGGCGCGGUACGUGCGCUCGUACGACGAGAUCUGCCUGCUGCUGAGCGUCGCGCCCGAGUCGCAGGCGGGGCUCUUCUACGUCGCCCUGGGCCUGUUCCACCGCGACCGCGAGGUGCGCUUCCGCACCGCCGACCUGCUCGAGCGCAUCGCCGAGCACGAGGCCGGCCAGCACUGGUGGCGCGCCCUCAGCCGCUUCGAGAAGCUCGCGUACGCCCGCAUCCGCCGCGAGGCCGACGCCGAGGCGCGCGCCCGGCUGGAGCGCGAGGACGCCGGCCGGUUCAGCCCCGUCGAUCACAACCGGGUCAGUUGAAGGGCGGGUCGGGGGUUAUGGUCUU